AUGCCCGGUCGAACUUUGUCGCUGUUUGCAGCUUACACUGGUCUUGCGUCUUGCCUGGUCGGACCACACCACGGCACAGAGAACUAUCAUUGGGUCAACUCUUGGGUUGCAAUGCCGCAGAUUCCGGAAUAUACCAAUCUGCCCGGUCCAGGCUACUACAAUCAGUCGAAUCUCGUCUUUCCGAACACGACUCUUCGUCAGACGAUCCACACCUCGAUUGGCGGUCAACAGAUCAGAUUAAGAAUCAGCAAUCAAUUUGGAGCAGUGAAUUUACCCAUCACUGCUGUGACCCUCAUCGACACCAAGACAAUCAGACAAGUCACCUUCAGCGGCAACAGCUCUAUCAUCAUUCCCGACGGUUCCAUCGCCGUCUCCGAUCCCAUAGAUUUCCCCAUCGCCGCCCAAUCUGAACUUGCCAUCUCAAUCUAUCUCAAAGACGGUCAGAACUCGAGCAUCAUAACUUCUCACCCCAGUGCCCGCAGGAGUUCAUACUAUGGCACGGGCAACCAAGUCAAUAACUACAACAUCACCGGCGAUAACCUGGUCAUGCAGCAACACUGGUUCUUCAUCUCUGGUGUCGAAGUAUGGAGCCCUCCCUCCACCAGCGCUUUCUACAUCAUCGGCGACUCCAUUACAGAUGGCCGUGGAUCUUGGAACAAUGGCAAUAAUAAGUGGACCGAUAAUCUCAUUGCGCGCAUGCAGAAGAAUCCCGCUACGUCGAACAUUGCUGUUUGCAACCAAGCCGCUGGCGGUAAUCGUGUGCUGUCUGAUGGCAAUGGUCCAAACGCUGCCGGGCGGGUUGAAAGAGAUGUUAUUGCACAGAGUGCAGCCAAGUAUGCGAUGAUCUUCGAGGGUGUGAAUGAUGUCGGUACUGCUGGUUUGGAUGCUGCUAGCCAAGAGCUAGUGUAUCAGCGUCUUGUUCAGGCUUACAAGCAAAUGGUCACUCGCAUGCACACGUUCGGCAUCCCAGUCUUUGCCGCAACUAUCACACCAAUCGGCGCCCAAAACGCAACAGCAGGCACAUACACACAACCAGAGCGAGUAGCAACGGUACAGCGUGUAAACGACUUCAUCCGCACUUCCGGGACCUUCGAUGCAGUAUUUGACUUCAACGCUUGGCUGGCGGAUCCGAAUAUGCCGACGCAGUUGAACCCGAUAUAUGACAGUGGAGACUUUUUGCAUCCUAAUGAAGCAGGAUACCAAGUCAUCGCCAAUAACUUUGAUUUGGCUGUCUUCCAGAGGUUCAAGGAAGGUGUGAAUGGAUUCACGUGA